CCUCGAUCUCUCAACAUUCUCAGAAGCACAGACCGACAAACCCUAAAGGAUCUAAGCAUGGCCGAGCAGCAGAAGAUCCAUCCCGUCGACCUCGAAGCCGCCAAUGCCCCCAAAGCCACCACACCCCUCGUUCCCCCCGGCGCUACCCGCUCCGACAACUUCAACCCCGCGGCGCCACCGCCCCGCCGCUCCAUUCCCGUGUCACAUAGCCUCCCGCCCAAAAAACGCGGCAACUGCUUCUGCCGCUGUCUCUGUUGCUCUCUCCUCACCCUCAUCAUCAUCAUCAUCGCCAUCGCCGCGGCCGCCGGCAUCCUCUACCUCAUAUUCCGGCCCAAAUUACCUUCCUACUCCGUUGACCGCCUCCGCAUCACCGCUUUUUCCAUCGAUCCUAACUUCGCCGCGCGGGCUACCUUCGAUCUUACUGUAACCGCUAACAACCCUAACAAGAAGAUUGGGAUCUAUUACGAGGAUGGAAGCCAUCUAAGCGUUUUGUACGAUGAUACGACUUUGUGUACGGGGAGUUUUCCGGUGUUCUAUCAGGGGCACAGGAACAAGACGACGGUGACUACGGUGCUCGAUGGACAGGCGCAAUUGGGGAGUCAGCUUUUCUCGGCUUUGCAGCAGCAGCAGCAAACGGGGAGUGUUCCGUUGAGGUUCAAGGGGGAUGUGCCGGUGAAGCUGAAGCUUGGAGGGUUGAAAUUGUGGAAGGUGACGGCGAGGGUGAGGUGUGAUCUUGUUGUUAAUAGUUUGACUGCUGGUAAUUUGAUUAGUCUUAAGACCAGUAACUGUAAGUUCAGGUUGAAGCUCUGAUUUUUAUUUUUGAUUUUUUUUUGUUUUGUUUUUGGUUUUAACGUGUUUAUUGAGAGGAGGAGGUUGAUAAUUUGAUAUUCUUAGGAAGAUGGAUUGGACUUUUGCUUUAUUUGUAUCGAUUUCUAUACAGGAUUAUAUAUACUGUGCUGAAUAAAGAAUUCCUUAUUGAUUGA